AUGGAGCUGGAUGGGCUCAUUGUUGGCCGGGAACGCGGUGCCUGGGACGGGAGGGACGGAGCUGGCGUGGGUGAAGCUUCGGGCCUCCUCAACUCCAACAAGUUCACGUUGAUCGGGGACAACGCCUUCGCCGGCCUCUCGCACCUCCAGUACCUGUUCAUCGAGAACAACGACAUCCAAGCGCUCUCCAAGGCCACUUUCCGUGGGCUCAAGUCCCUGACCCACCUGUCCUUGGCCAACAAUAACCUGCAGACGUUGCCUCGGGGUCUCUUCAAGCCGCUGGACAUCUUGAGUGACCUGGACCUUCGGGGCAACACGCUGGCCUGCGACUGCAAGAUCAAGUGGCUGGUGGAGUGGCUGGGGAGCACCAACACCACCGUCCCCGCCGUCUUCUGCAGUAGCCCCGGGCAAUUUGAGGGCCAACGGAUCCGGGACCUGGCACUGGGUGACUUCCAGUGCAUCACCACGGAUUUCGUGGUCCACCAGGUCCUGCCCUUCCAGUCGGUGUCGGCCGAGCCCUUCACCUACGCCAGCGACCUCUACGUUGCCCUGGCACAGCCCAGUGCCAGCAGUUGUGCCAUCCUCAAGUGGGACUACGUGGAGCGCAAGCUGCGUGACUUCGACCGCAUCCCUGCUCACUCGGCCGUGCACUGCAAGCCCAUCGUGGCCCAGGACCAGCUGUACGUGGUGGUGGCCCAACUCUUUGGUGGCUCCUACAUCUACCGCUGGGACACCGCCGUGGACAAGUUCAUCAAGAUCCAGGACAUCGACAGCCAGAAGACCCGCAAGCCCAACGACAUCGAAGCCUUCCAGAUCGAAGGCGACUGGUACUUCGUCAUCGCCGACAGCUCCAAGGCGGGUUCCACCAGCCUCUACCGCCUCAACCAGAACGGUUUCUACUCCCACCAAGCCCUCCACGCCUGGCACCGCGACACCGACGUGGAGUACGUGGAGAACGAGGGCAAACCCCGGCUGAUCAUCUCCAGCAGCUCCCAAGCCCCCGUCAUCUACCAGUGGAACCGGGCGCAGAAGCAAUUCGUCCCUCAGGGGGAGGUGGGGGAGAUGCUGGACGUGCAGAUGGUGAAGCACUUCAAGGUGAAGAGGGACCAGUUCCUCUGCCUCAGCCGCUACAUCGGCGACUCCAAGGUGGUGAGGUGGGAAGGGCAGCGCUUCGUGGAGCUCCAGACGCUGCCGUCCCGCGGCUCCAUGGUGAUGCAGCCCUUCUUGGUGGAGCAACGGCAGUACCUGGCCCUGGGCAGUGACUUCUCCUUCACCCACGUCUACCUGUGGGAAGAGGAGAAGCAGAAAUUCGUCAAGUUCCAGGAGCUCUCGGUUCAGGCCCCCCGGGCUUUCCGCUACGUGCCGGCGUCUGACGUCCAGCUCCUCUUGGCUCCCAGCUUCAAGGCCAACACGUUGGUCUACCGGCACGUGGUGGUGGACCUCAGCCUCUAGGCGAGGAUGGAGAGCCCAGGUUGCCCGUGGGGGUCAACAGCUCUUGCCUUUCCCCCCAGUCCCCAACCCUGAGAGCCUGAGGACACGCAUGCGCCCACCACCCCCUUCCUCCUGCCUGCAGCCCUGCCCUGUGGUCCCAGCCCGGUGCCACCACCACCCCCUCUUCUUCUCCCCAUCUUCACCCACCCCAGGGCAGCACCCAGCCCCACGGCUUGCUGGGGGAAGCCACCAGCUUCAGUUUCCCCCCUCCUCCCGGGUCCUCCCAGUUUUGCAGCCCCCACAGCCUCCCCAUCCAGCAUCCCGUGGGAUGCGGGCAGGAGGGUGGGAUGCCCUUGACCAUGCAGAGCGAUGUCCUUGGGUACCAGCUCUGUGGCACUGGGGGGGCUGGCAGGGCUGGGGGGGGGACAGGCAAUGGGCUGGAGGCUUGUGGCAGGGAGGGCUGGGGGCACAGGAGAGGGAUGUGCAUGGGCAGGGCUGGAUGGGGUGCUCCUGGGACCCUGGGGUGCUCCCGGGAUGAUGGGAUGCUCCAAGGUGGGUGGGAUGCUCUGAGGAGGGUGUGGAUGGGAUGCCCUGAGGAGGAUGGGAUGCUCGAGGCCAGCAGGAUGCUCCAAGGAGGAUGUGGAUGGGAUGCCCUGAGGAGGAUGGGGAUGGGAUGCCCUGAGGAGGAUGAUGCUCAAGGCCAGGUGGAUGCUCCAAGGAGGAUGUGGAUGGGGUGCCCUGAGGACGAUGGGGUGCCCAGUGUGGGUGGGAUGCUCUGAGGAGGGAGCUGAUGGGAUGCCCUGAGGAGGAUGGGAUGCUCGAGGCCAGUGUGAUGCCCUGAGGAGGAUGCAGAUGGGAUGCCCUGAGGAGGAUGGGAUGCCUUGAGGAGGACGCAGAUGGGAUACCUUGAGGAGGAUGGGAUGCCCUGAGGAGGACGGGGUGCUCGAGACCAGCAGGAUGCUCUGGGCUGGCAGGAUGCCACCCGCAGAAGCAGGGCUAGCCCUCUCCCAUCCCCCUCCGUGCCAUGUCCAGAGCUCCCUCUGCCCGUGUCCCACUGCCGGGCAGGACCCAGCGUGUCCCAGCAGCACCCGAGGUGUACGUGCCCACCCAGUGCCCACCCAAACGUUCCCCACAAUAAACACACUGUGACACCCA